AGCAUCGCCUGGCGACACUUCAUCGGACUUGUCCUAACCGAGGAAGCGGAUUCUAUCGACCGGGUGCAACAAGCUGCGACAACCGACUGGAAGAUUUUUGGUGAGAAGCCGUAUUACUAUUUUAUGAUCAAGAUGGCCACGGGGUCAGAAGGUCGCUGAGCCCCAUGGCGCCCACGUUGCAGGGCAAGCACCGACCUCUGACAUCAUGUCUGCUGGGCCUGUACAGUUGCCGGUGGCGACGGAAGCACGGCAGCCUGGCGCGGCCCGGCGACUGCUGCUGCAGCAAGUCGGAAGGCGCCAGCUUCGGCGUGCUGGCGGCGGCCUUCUGCCUCACGCUGCUUUUCCUUUACUUCUGGACGCAAGCCAAGAACGACUACAAUGACUUUGACUGGUUCAACUAUGGCAACUUGGGCUUCUGGUGGGCGUGGUCGCUGGUGCUGCUGGUCAUCGCCGCCCUGUUCUUCUCCUACGUGGCCGGGCUCAUGCUGCUGGCUGUGUGCUUGCUGUCGCAGGGCCAAAGUCUGUCUUUACACUGGAGUCACAAGAUUGUCGUGAUGCUGAGCUUGAUGUUUGCCAUUGCCGCCAUCGCCGUCAUGUCUGACCUGUGGGCUCUAGAAUGGAUCACGGUGCGGCUUUCCUUCCAGGUGACUGCGCCGUACCUUCAUGUUGGCGGCGUCUCGCUGAUGACGGCGCUGGCUUGGCCGGUGGCGUUGCACUUCUUCAGUAUGCUCAAGAUAAUAAGGCGGUACCUUAUUUUGGUGGUGUAUCUCAGUAUCCUGUUGGCCCUCUACUUGGUGCCUCUCGGGAUGUAUUCGCCAUGUAUCAGAAAUCGUGGGACACUGGGCCCUCCGCCGAAGCUUUUCGGCCACAGAGGAGCCCCCAUGAUGGCUCCGGAAAACACAGCGAUGGCUUUCGAGAAGGCGGUGGAGGCGGGUUGUGACGGUCUGGAGACGGACGUCAUCAUCAGUUAUGAUGGCGUUCCCUUCCUAAUGCACGACCGCUCGUUGCGGCGCACCACCAACGUUGACGAGGUGUUUCCCAAUCAUGGUGACAAGAUGUCCGACAUGUACACGUGGCCGGAAUUGAGGAGACUCAAUGCGGGCGCUUGGUUCCUUUCUACGGACCCGUAUGGCACGGUGGGCUCGCUGGGAGCGGAGGAUCGUCAGCGGGCGGGAGAGCAGCCCGUUUGCACCCUGCUGGAAUUCCUGGAGGUGGCGGCCCGCUACGACAAACUGGUCAUCUUUGACCUCUACCGGCCCCCGCGGGAGCACCCGUACAGUAACUUGUGGAUCCAGCGUACGCUGGACGUCAUCCGGAAUGAGUCUACUAUUAAGCCCUCACAGGUGCUGUGGUUGAACCCCGAGUUUCGCGAGCUCGUACAGGAACAGGAAGAGGAUUUUCAGCAGACAUCAGGUACGGUGGACUCCAUUGAGCGUCUCCAGAGCCAACAUAUCAACAGGCUCAACCUGCACUACACCUCCAUGUCGGUCCAGCUUAUCAGUCACUACGCCGCCGCAAACAUUACCACCAACCUGUAUGUGAUCAGUGAGGCGUGGAUCUACUCGGUGGCCUGGUGCACGGGAGCCCACUCGGUCACCACCAAUGCUCCGCAUAUUCUAAAGGCCAUGAAGCAGCCCCUCUUCCUCAUGACUCCCGAUGAAUACAAGACCAUGUGGCUCGUCACGGACGUGCUGUCACUGCUGCUGGUCGCAUCCAUCUUUACCUUGCACAGGUGUCGGGCAAGAAAACCGGUGGACCCGAGUGGCCUCUCAGGACUCAAAAGCACACUGGAAGGAGACAAGUACGUUCAGCUUGAAUCAGAGCGGAGUGACAUUUGGUCCGUGUCCCACGCCACGACUCCACCAGCGGGACAAAAGCACAAUCUGGCAACCCCGGCCCAACUUUGACCGGUUACUUAAGAUGGCAACCACUCGACCUAAAAUCGUACUUUUCAUUUCACUUUGUUGAGUGGUAUUUCAUUAUUUAAUACAGAAUAGACUUUAUACGUUUGUAACAAAAUACAAUUUAUAAGGGCCAUUCCACUGUGGGUUAUAUCUGAAUACUGUAUAUGUAAAUACUACGUUUUUUUAAAAAUCAAAGUACAGUAUUUGUUUUUAAGUAUAUUGUGCUCGUUUAAUUAGCGACACAAAGAGUGCAGAAAUAUUACCAAGUCUCAAUAUGAUGCGGCAAAUUGGUAAAUAUAUACAAAACAGAUUCUAUAUCGUGAUGAAUGGAGGUGAAGUCUCUGGCAUGCGUUGUUUGCUUGUUGACCAACAUCUUGAAAUAUAAAUCUGCUUACCUCUCAAAUGGAUUAUCUAGUUAGCUUCCUGAAACAACAUGGAUUUGAGCUAGCCAUCUUGCUUCCUGAAACAUCUUGAAGGUAAAGCUGCU